UAAUAUCAAUUUUGACCCUGACCGAUCAAACGUCACUUCCGGAUAUAAUAGUUGGAUAACAGACCCGUUGCAGUGAAUUUUGUUUUUGAAGCAAGCGUUUGCAAUGGAAAGUUAUAAGACGCUUUUCGUUUUCGCUAUCUUCAUGACAUGUGUGGUGUCCUCGUUACAGAGGGUGACAGUCGACAUAUUGACACCGACGAAAACUGGACCGGAAGUUGGGCUGAUAAUUGUUCCGGGGGCUUACAUACCAGGAAGGGCCUACAGACCAGUUGGGGAGGCAAUCCAAGCCGACAGUGAUCUCAAGGUAUGGGUGGCAUUGUUGGAUGGCUUUUUCGGAAACCUCGUAAAUCCCUUACAGAUAGGGGGCGCUGUAAACAAAGCCAAAGGGGAGCUACUGAAACGAGGAGCGAAACUUAUUUUCCUGGCAGGACAUAGUCUCGGCGGACAGAUCACUGCGAACUACGUACUAAACCAUCACAGAGGACUUUCUGGGGCCCUUUUGUUUGCAUCAUACCUGUCUAGAAACGAUGACCCGACGUCAUAUCCUGUUCCGGUGCUGACUCUCUCUGGGGACCUUGAUGGUUUGGUCAGAUUGACAAGGAUAGAAGAGUCGUACCAGACACUAGUCGCAUAUGUACAAAGGAACAAAAGCGCGAUGUACACAACACCAGUUAUAACAAUGGAGGGAGUCAAUCACGGCCAAUUCGCUUCUGGUACCAUGCCAAGCGAGGUUUUGGCCUACGACCUUGAACCGGAAGUGACGAAUGCGACAGCCUAUUCACUCAUCGCAAAGUACACAAACGCCUUCAUGGCAGCCAAUAUUCAGACAGCUGACAGUUCUGUGAUCGCGGACGGACGGAAAACUCUCCUGGAAGGAUACACAAAAACCGGAUACAUCAUGGCGCCUCUGACGAACAUGAAGAGUGUCUCCACGAACCCGCUACAUGUGUCUCGGUGGACCAGUGAGGCCCAGUCUGUUCUGAUUGGACUUCGGGACACCUCUAAUGUCAGGAUAAUAAACAAGGUGGUGUCCGAGAAUCAGCUGCCCAGGUCGGUACCGGAUAUGACGUAUAAGGAUGGCCUUCUGACGAUUACGACAUACACACAAGUUUCGAUGCAGUUGAACCCUCUAGAUGUAUCCACUUUCUACAUGUCGCCGGCACAGCUCCAGGCGGAGAUGAAGUCACGUGACGCCGUCAAGGUCUUCCUGCCAAAUGAGACAUACAUGGAAAACAACGAGAGUUGUAAUUCAAUCAAUCAGGCAGCCCUGCAGUACGCACUCGGCCAGUCGUCUGCCCUUGCUGUCAGUCGUUUCGGCAAAAAGGGGCGCCCUGUUAUAGCUGAACAAGACGUUGUGACCCCCAGCGCUCAAACAUGGUUGCUUCAGGAACUGCUGUACGAUGAUGACGUAGAUGGCGUCCAUGUCACGUCCGAAUCCUUCCACGUGCCAUACAAAUCAUCUCAGGCUAGCACGAGCGGUCUGUACUACUGUAAACUAUUGGCUCCAUAUAGGGCGAUGGAGUGGAUCUAUGUUGACGGCCUUAGGAAACUGGACGGAUUUAAAAACCUGGAAUCGGAAUGGGAGCACGACCUCAAGAUUUAAACCAAUUGUAUAUGGAUGUUUCUUUCAGAAUUCGAAUAUGAAUAAACUUUAUAAUUGAUCAUGAA